ACAGGUGCGACAGUAGCAGAUCACUUCACCCGAAGACACCGACCGAGCGAGCGAGCGAGCGACCGAGUAAAGAAGCAACGAUGGAUCAAGAGGAUUUCGAGGUUAAUAUGGAGAAGAAGACGUUGGAGGAGAAGAAGACGGCGAAGCUAUUUACCUGCGAGGUGUGCGAUCGAGGAUUCACCCGACGUGAUAACUGGCGACGGCAUCACCAAACACAGCACGGUGAUACGGAGAAAAAGAAGAAGACGGAGAAGUAUUUUUGCCGGGUGUGUGCCCAGCAUUUUACCCGGCGGGAUAACUGGCUCCGACACCAGCGGACGCAUCACCAGCCCCAGACAAACACAAGAUUCACCUGUCCGACCUGUGACCGGGCGUUUUUUCGCCGGGCGAAUUUGAUCCGCCAUCAACAGCGGCAUGGCAACAAAAAAGAACGUGUGUGGCAUUGCGAAGACUGCGAGGAGUCUUUCUACCGGUUGUGGGAUUGGCGGACCCAUCAACGUGGGAAACACGGCUCGUCACGUGGGUUGAGAGGAAGCGGCGACUGCAAACUGUCAAAAAACACACCGCAAUGGACUGGGAGAAAAAGUUUCAGUCGAUUGUGGAGGAAACGGAUGCAAACUUAGCGAAAGUGAAGAUGACUUUGGGUAAAGGAGGGAGUCUUGUUGAUUCAUCAAGCAUUCCAACUGGAGACAGUAAUUACUGGCCGACUAAAUUUUCUCCUCUUGUGAGAGAUCCAAUCUUCACAGAAAACCUGGCACCCACAAUGUCACUGAAACCUAACAUGGUUGAGCACAGCAGUUUUAUUUCUACUCUGUCACCCCUCCCGCACCCUGUCAGUUUGGCGGAUUCAUACAGUCAGGGGACAUCACUCAGUGCAAAAGUCCUGGAGGAGAGACUUGAACGACAGAACAAGGCUAUAGAGCGACUGAGUAAAGUGGUGGAAAGGCUGGAGUCUGAGAGGGACCAGUACAGAGAUCACAUCAGGGAACUACAGCAUCAAGUUCGGCAUGUUAACAGUCGGUUGUCAGAUAGCAGUUUGGAAUCCGCCAAUGACAGGCGUCUGGAGUUGUGGAAGAGAGAGGUGAUGACAGAGCUGGAUUCUAUUCAUAAACAGCUUCGUAACCAUGUAAAGGCUGGCAGUGGCAGUGAGUUUACAGACAGCCAAGUGCUUCAGCACAGCAGAGAGCUUCUGGAACUUCGACGGUUGCAAAGAGAAGACACAGACUCCCUAAGGAAAGAUAUAGAUGGACUGAAGAGUAGAAUAACUGGAUUGGAACUAAGAGUGCCCGAAACUGAAAGUCAGAGAAGUCGUAAUACAUGUAUGCAGAGCAAAUUAGACAGGUCAAAUGAUGUCAGCUGUUACCAUGGACACAAAUCCUUGGGUCAAAUGGAGAUGACUGAGCUCAGGACAAAUGUGUUGUGUCUGAAGCAUAAAGUGGAUGCCAUGGAGAUGUUGAUCUUGUCAAACGGCACUGGUGAUAGCAGGAAAGAGAACAAAUAUGAAGGAUCCAGAAAAAGACAGCAGGCUCGACUGCCUGUGGCAGAACUGUUAUCAGAUGACGACAGCUUAGACCUGGCAGACUAUCAUGACAGCUCAGACUUGUCACUGGCCCCCAAGCAUAAACCCAGUCAAGAUACCUUGGUGCAUGACAGUGAUGAGGAGCUUGAUCUGAAUGACCUUGACCUGAGUGAUGAUAAGGAUGACUUAUCAGAUGAUGAUCUUCUCACUGUGGAUGAUAUAUGAUCAUGGUUAUGUAGGCCUAUCACUGUUCCGAGUCAUCAGUUGAUGACAUAUCAUGGGGAAGGCUUCAUCAAAAUUCCUGGGUACGAAAUGAUAGAACAGUGAAUAUAUUUUGACUCUACACCGUAAUAUUCCCAGUCGAUUCGUUUGACUAACUAUGACAGGGAAGGCAGAAUUCCUGAU